AGACAUUUUCCCUUCCGCAAGGACGUCGAGGAAGAUUUCCCAAACUCCUGAUAAAAACCCUCCAUCCAUCGGCCGACCUGCUCUCUCUCUCUCUCUCUCUCUCUCUCUCUCUCUAUGCGCUGGUAAUCCUUUGUCGUUCUCUUCAUCACUGGUCCGGUUUGGACGUUCUGCCCUAACAGAACAGAACCGAGAUGACAUCAUUCUCAGUUACCCGAAAGAAGACACCGUUCCAGAAGCACAGAGAGGAGGAAGAGGCUAAGAAAAAGAGAGCGGAAGAUGAAACAGCUCGCUUGUAUGAGGAAUUCGUGGAGUCAUUUAAAGGGGGGAAUACACCUGGUGAGAAAACCUUUGUUAGGGGUGGGACCAUCAACCCCAAUGAACGAGUGAAGAAUGAUCAUGAAGGUGGGAAUUCCAAAGAUGGGGUAUCUGUUCCAAAGAAGGGAACUAGAUACGUGCCUUCUUUUGUCCCUGUUGGUUUGGCUGAUUCACUCAGUAAAGGAAAAGAACAAGAGAAGAAGGUUUAUUAUCAUAAAGAGGAGAAACCAAGGGAGAAAGAGAAAGGAAAAAUGCGGAACAUAGAUAAUUUUAUGGAGGAAUUGAAGAUGGAGCAAGAGAUGAGGGAGAAACGAAAUCAAGAACGUGAACAAUGGCGUGACGGACGUCAAAGUGACAUUUCUGCUCCAAUUAGCCGUUUCGAUGAACUGCCUGAUGAAUUUGAUCCGUCUGGGAAGUUUCCUGGCUCGUUUGAUGAUGGGGACCCACAAACAACAAAUCUAUAUGUUGGAAACCUGUCACCGAAGGUGGAUGAGAAUUUCCUUCUACGGACAUUUGGUAGGUUUGGCCCUAUUGCUAGUGUCAAGAUAAUGUGGCCUCGGACAGAGGAAGAAAGGAGGCGUCAGCGAAACUGUGGAUUUGUUGCUUUCAUGAAUAGAGCCGAUGGCCAAGCUGCCAAAGAUGAGAUGCAAGGAGUAGUGGUGUACGAGUAUGAAUUGAAGAUAGGGUGGGGGAAGUCUGUGUCAUUGCCAGCACAAGCACUGCCUGCUCCCCCACCUGGACACAUGGCUAUCAGAAGCAAAGAGGGCGGCACUGUGAUAUUGUCAGGUCCUGAAGGUCCCCCAGUAACUUCUGUCGCAAACCAAAACUCAGAGUUGGUGCUUACUCCAAAUAUUCCCGACAUUAUGGUUUGUCCACCUGAAGAUGAUCACCUUCGAAAUGUCAUUGAUUCCAUGGCCAUGUAUGUGCUUGAUGAUGGCUGUGCUUUUGAGCAAGCUGUUAUGGAGAGAGGUCGUGGCAAUCCAAUAUUUAAUUUCUUAUUCGAGCUUGGAUCAAAAGAGCAUACGUAUUACGUGUGGAGGCUUUAUUCCUUUGCACAAGGGGAUACUCUCCAGCGGUGGAGGACAGAGCCUUUCAUCAUGAUCACAGGAAGUGGGCGGUGGAUGCCUCCGCCUCUGCCACCUAGUAGAAGUCCAGAACAUGAAAAAGACUCAACAGCCACCUAUGCAGCUGGCAAGAGUCGGAGGGUAGAAACAGAACGGGCUUUGACAGAUCCACAAAGGGAUGAAUUUGAGGAUAUGUUGAGGGCUCUGACACUGGAAAGGAACCAGAUAAAAGAAGCAAUGGGCUUUGCCCUGGACAAUGCUGAUGCAGCAGGAGAGGUGGUCGAGGUUCUGACAGAAUCUUUGACACUUAAGGAAACUCCUAUACCAACCAAAGUUGCUAGGCUUAUGCUUGUUUCCGAUGUUCUGCAUAAUAGCAGUGCACCUGUUAGAAAUGCUUCUGCAUAUCGUACAAAAUUUGAAGCAACUUUACCUGACAUAAUGGAGAGUUUUAAUGAUCUGUACCGCAGCAUCACUGGGAGGAUCACUGCUGAAGCCCUCAAGGAAAGAGUUCUGAAAGUUCUUCAAGUUUGGUCCGACUGGUUUCUUUUUUCAGACUCUUACAUAAAUGGGCUGCGAGCUACUUUUCUUCGGCCUGGAAACUCUGGAGUUAUCCCAUUUCAUUCAAUAUGUGGGGAUGCACCCGAGGUGGAUCAGGAAAACAAUGUUGUGGAGGAUACAGCUGAGGGAGGUAAACCUAAUCAAGAUGCUGCCUUGGCAAUGGGAAAAGGCGCAGCAAUGAAGGAAUUACUGAGCCUGCCACUUGCUGAACUGGAACGACGUUGUAGACAUAAUGGCUUAUCUCUUUGUGGUGGGAGAGAGAUGAUGGUUGCACGAUUACUUAGUCUAGAAGAAGCGGAAAAGCAAAGGGGUUAUGAACGUGAUGAUGAUGUCAGACUUGGACAAAGUUAUUCAUCUUCCGGUAAGCAUUCAAGGGAUGAUGAGAGCUGGGGAGCUCACCGAGAGACUAGAACUGAAACUGGCAAAUCUGAAUCGGUUGGGUGGCCUAGUUAUGCAGACGAGACGAGAUCAAGCAAUAAAACGUCAACUGUUCCUCUGACUCCUACUCUUGCUAUUCCGGAGCCAGAAGUGAAAGCCUUUACGAAGAAGAAAGGUAAAUCCGAGCCAGUCUUGCCUGCCUCUAAGUGGGCCAAGGAGGAUGUAGGUAGCGAUGACGAAGAUAAGAAAGGUGGUGGAGGUCUUGGAUUGAGCUACUCAUCUUCAGGCAGUGAAGAUGUUGGCAACAUGCCUAGUGAGAUCAGUGACAAAGGCACAACUGCUGAGACUAGCCGCGUAACUUAUUCUGAGAGUGCAAUAAAUCAAGAGUAUAGGCAGAAGUUAAGGCGCCUGGAGGUUGCUGUUCUGGAAUAUCGUGAAUCUCUUGAAGAGCGUGGUAGUAGGAAUCCUGAUGAAAUUGAGAAGAAAGUGGCAUCAUAUAGGCAACGACUGCUGUCUGAAUUUGAAUUGUUAGAUCCACAUGAUGAUACAGGAGGGAACAGUCAACAUUCCUCCCGUUCUUCAGAGAGGAGUUCUUUAGAAAGGAAAGAGAGACGGGAUGAUGCUCGUGAGUCUUUGAGGAAACGGCACCGUAGUCGAAGCCGAAGUCGAAGCCGGAGUCCUCAUCGUAAGUCUUUGAGUAGAGGUCGGGAAAAGGAUUAUGAAAAUGAUGCAGAUCGAGAGCGUGAUAGACAUCGUGACAAGGACCGGCCACAUCAUGACCAUGAAAAGAGUGGAAGCAGGGACAGGGAUGAUCAUGAUAAUGGGGGUGACAAGGCCAGGGAAAGGAGUAGAAGAGGGAAGUGAUAAUCUCUCAGCUUGCUAUUGUGCCAAGCAUGGGAGCAGCCGUUUUAUGUUCAUUAUGGGCAUCUUCAUUUUAUCACGACCUGGUCUCUCAUCUUUCUUACAUCUGGAUUCUUCACUAUGUGAGUUGAUCUGCAUCAAAUGGAUGAAAUGUCUGCUUGAAGUGCAUCAUUUUUACCGUGAUCUUCGCGGGGGCUAAUCUAAUUUUGUAGCUCAAAAAUUUUCAGUGUUUGUGGAUGGAGGGACUAGUUUAUUAAUCUGUCUUCUCUAGAAGUGGUCGUGAACCAUAAUGAAGCACAACGUUGUUAUGGAUCUAAGGUUACUCUUUGGUCUGUAGUACAGAUCCAUUUAAUCAAUAUGAUGGCUCUAUGGUCUAGCAUAGAAUUGUAGUCUUCUUUUACAGAACUGAUCAUAAUUGAGGUACGUUCUUGUUGAUGUAAGUUCUCUUCUUUAAUGCUGAUCUAUUUAACCAGA